GGGCUGGAUCUGGGACUGUAGUAGUGAGUAAUCUAGUGAGCAGAGAUAGUGAAGGCAGUGUUUACAGGACGGGAGUGGCGCUUCAGGAAUGUGAGAAGACCUGCCGAGAUGGUUGUAGUGCUGUAGUGUAGUUUAGUCUCGUAGCUUUAGGGAGAGUUAUUAUCUGUGUACUCGCCUGUCUGUCUGUCUGUCUGCUCGUCUUCCCUCAUGGCGUACGCUGCCUACUGGAUGAGACUGCAAGCAGAAGCUCCAGGAGGAGAUAAACCUGGGCAGAUCAGCAAUGUGUCAACAUCUAAGUCUCAAGCCAAACAGACCACGCCCACCCCAGCAGCGCCGGUGUCCACUGUAAAGCCUGCAGAAUAUGAGAAAGGAGCUGCAUCAGCAUCAUCCACUGCAGGUUCUGCUGCAAAGCCUGCUGCAGCCACUACUGCAGCCAGCACUGCAGCCAGCACUGCAGCCGCAGUGAGCGCAGGGGCGUCUGCAGGAGCGAAGGUCAGCGGAGGAGGUUCUGCAGGAGCAGCCGGUGGUCUGAGCUCCCAGAGCGGGUCUUCUAAAGUCUCACCAAAGACUCCAUCCAUCACCCCUGAUAAAGCUCCAUCUGUGAGCACAGGGAGCGGAGCGGCGGGUGGGCUAACAGGGAAGCCCACCACUACAGACCCAGUUAAACCCAAAGAUACUUCAAAAGACAAACCACAGAGCACCAGCAUCCCAUCCCCCAAACCGGAACCUUCUAAAGUGACAACCAUCGGAGCUGGAAGCGCUGCCAAAAAGGACGAUGCAAAGCCAAAAGAAGCUAAGGUCCAGGUGGAAGUUCCUCCUCCAGCAGCUAAGGCCAGCGCUCCGGCGGCGGCGGCUGCUGUAGAUCCGUUUGAUGCUCUGGCCGGCAGCUUACCCUCAUCAGAACCUCUCGCUCCUAAACCUCCUAAAUACACUGGACCUGAAGUUAAAGAGUCUGGCCUAACCUCAGAAGAGGCUAAACGCUGUGGGGAGAAAGAGCACACACUGCCCCCGGGAUACAGAAAGGAGGAUAUGGAGAAGAAGAGUCCUGCUGGAGUACCAGAGAAGCCCAAGGAAGUUGCCAAGCCUCUAACAGAUGAUGAGAUGUUGGAAUCUCUCACUGCCGGUUUUGUAUCGUCUGCAGCUCCAAGUGCACCAAAAUCACAAGCAACUCCACCCACCUCUUCUGCUAAAGCUGCUCCACCUGUGAGUGCAGGGGGUGGAGCAGCAGGUGGAGCAGCAGGAAAAGGAGCAGCAGGUGCAGGAAGUGUGAUAGGAAAACCUGCUUCAGACGCAGUAAAGCCCAAAGAUACUGUUAAAGAUACGGUUCAGAGCACCACGAUUCCGUCCUCCAAAUCAGAACCUCCCAAAGCAGCACCCAGCGGAGCAGCUAAACCUUCUGCUCCAGCUAAUGUUCCUGCAGCUACUGCCCAAAAGGAUGAUGCUAAAUCUAAAGAAGCCAAGGUUCAGGCAGCAGUAUCUCCUCCAGCAGCUAAGGCCAGCGCUCCGGCGGCGGCGGCUGCUGGAGAUCCGUUUGAUGCUCUGGCCGGCAGCUUACCCUCAUCAGAACCUCUCGCUCCUAAACCUCCUAAAUACACUGGACCUGAAGUUAAAGAGCCUGGCCUAACCUCAAAAGAGGCUAAACGCUGUGGGGAGCAUGAUUUCACUCUGCCACCUGGAUACAGGAAGGAGGAUAUGGAAAAGAAGGCUCCUGCUGGAAAACCAGAGAAACCCAAAGACGUUCCCAAACAUUUAACAGAUGAUGACGCUCUGGACUCUCUGUCUGCUGGGUUCGGAUCUACAGUUCCUAGUGCUCCUGAAGCAGAAGUGAAAGUUGAAACUGCAGCGGUUGCCAAGUCCAGCCAAGCUCCUCCUCCCCCCUCUCAGAAAAGGCAGGAGGUUCCUGCACCUACGAGUGUGUCCCCGGCUCCCCCUGCUGACAAGAAAGCAAAAGUAGAGAAGCCUGUUAAAGACUCUGCUAAAGCAGCUCCUCCUACUUCACAGCCCAGCAAACCAAAAGCUGUCGAGGAUGAUCCCAUGUCUUUGGAUGCUUUAUCUGCUCUGUCAGACUCGCUGCCUUCUGCAAAACCAGUGCUUGAGUCCCCUAAACUCAGACCUGAGGAUAUUGUUAAGGAGAAAGAGGCUAAGUCAGAGAAGGGUGUGCGUGUCGGUGAGAGAGAGGAUUCCCUCCCACCUGAGUACAGAUUCCCAAAGGAGAAGCUCUCGGAUAAACCAGCUCCACCGAAGGAGCCCUCCAUGGAUUCGGGUGAAGCUCUGGAUAUUCUGUCUGGGGAUUUCUCCAGCCCCUCUGUAGCUCCUGCAGUCAAGUCCUCGGCUCCUCCCUCAGCCCCUGCUAAAAAGCAGCCUAAAGUAGAGGACUUGUCCGCUCUUGAUGCUUUGGCUGGAGACUUCGUGGCUCCUGCUCAGGCCAAAAAGGUAGCUUCCAGCGUUCCUCCUGCUCCUCCUCCAGCUGCAAAAAGCACACCAGCACCCACCGCUGAUAAGGGAGAAUCGAUGUCCCUGGAUGCCCUCAGUGCACUUGAAGACCUGCUGCCUGCAGCAAAACCAGUUCCAGAAUCCCCUAAACUCAGACCGGAGGACAUUAUUGAUGAGAAAGAGUUGACGUCAGAGAAGGGUGUGCGAGUGGGUGAGAGAGAGGACACACUACCCCCAGAAUACAGAUUCCCUAAGGAAGACCCCAAAAAGCACCCAACUCCCCCACAGAGAGAGCCCUCGUUGGACUCUGCUGGAGCUCUGGAUAUUCUGUCAGGAGAUUUCACCAGCUCCUCAGCAGCUCCUGCAGUCAAAGCCCCCGUUCCUCCCUCAGCUCCCCCCGCAGAUAGCUCAGCAGACUUCGCUCUAGAUGAACUUGCAGCUGACUUUGUUGCCCCCACAUCUGCAUCUAAGGUCCAAUCUGCUGUUACAGGCCCCCCAAAAGCUGACAGACAGCUGUCAGAAGGUACUACAUCAGCUAUGGAUGCUCUCUCAGACACACUGAUGGACGUUACCCCAGUGCCUGAGCCAAAACCAAUCUCCCCCAAAGAUAUAGUUAAGGAGAAGACAGUCGUAGAGGAGAAGGUGAAAAAGGCUGGGGAGAGAGACGACAGCCUUCCACCUGAAUUUCGACCCACAGAGGCAGAUAUAAAGGCGGCAGCCAAAGCAAAAGCAGAACUCCCACCUAAGCAGGUAUCUAUGGAUGAGACGGCAGCUCUUGAUCUGCUGUCCGGUGACUUCACAUCUUCAUCAGCUGCUGCUCCUGUGGCCCCGCCCUCCUUGCACUCAUCACACAGCACUCCAGCAAAGACCCAGUCAGCAGCACAGGCGUCUGGACCAGUAUUGGACAAACUGGCGGACACACUGCUUCCAAACCUUCCUGGAAACGACACAAAACCAAAAGAUAGCAAACCAAAGGUUAAGGGUGGCAAAUCAAAGCCUAAAACAAAGAAACCUGCAGUAGAUGACGUCCCAGCCGUAGGUGAGCUCCCUGGAAAGCCGAGCACAGACGUAGUGUCCUCUUCUUCAACAAAGAAAGGCGGAAGGAGCUAGAUCUCAUGUUUCUACCACACUACAUCUACUAUCUACAUCUCCCUGCAUUGUAAAGAGAUGCCAAUCAAAGGAGCUGCUCGUACUAAUAUGUACUAUUUGUUAUGGUUGUUAUGGUAGAAAGGUGUACAGAAAUUCAGAUUCUGCACAAACAAAUACUGACACUUUAAACACGGACGCACAUCUGCACAUAUGUGUCAUCUUUCCUAGUUCCUGAAGUGUAGGAAUUUACGAAUUUAAGAAUUUACCAAAAAAAAUGAUCCGAAAUCAGAAAUUUAUUAUGAGAUUCCCUGCUUGGUCUAAUGCUGCCUUCAAAUCUGUAUUAGGAGUUCGUAUUUACAACUUACAAUUUACUUUAAUUCACUUUUAAGUGAAACGAUUAACAGAAAUUAUUUCUCUUGAAAUAGUUUUGUCUACUUGAACUGCCUGGAAAAAUUAAAAAAGGCUUGAACUGCCUGGAAAAAUUAAAAAGGGACUUUUUUUUUUUUUACAAACUAUAUGACUAUUUACAAACAAACAGCAAACUGAAAAUAAAAGAAGAAUUUUCAAUAUCAUAUACUUUAUUAUUUGUUAAAACAUGAGUUUAUAAAAGAGUAAAACAUUAAUAGUAGUGUUUUAUGUUGUACUAAACAGCUAAAACAUAAACAUUAACAUAACUAGUUUAAAAUACAGUUAUUAUUAUUGUUUUUUUUUGUUAUUGUUUUUUUUGUUUUUUUUUUGCAUGCCCCCAACUCAUUUUUUUUUUUAAAAAAAGGUCAAAUUCAUGUGCACUAUAUAAAAUAAUAAAAUAUGCAAUAUUUCUGACAUGACUUGAAUGCAGCAUAAGUCACAGCAAAAUCUUAUUUUACAUUUUUACAUUUUAUUUUGAGAUAUAAUGGAGAAAAGGGGCUUGAUAUCUUUUGAUUUCUUGAUUUCAGUUCAAUCCCAGUGUCCGAUGUUUGCAGUGAUGGAAGGACGGGUGUUAAACUCUUUGUCGUUUGUGAAUCGUUUGUCAGCGUGGUUCAGAAUCGUUCCUAGACUCACUUUAGGUUAAAAAAAAAAAGUGCCAAAGUGCCAGCUGGAUUGAAAUUUAGUAUACUGCCUGCAUGUGUGGUUUUUUUUUUUUUUUGUUACGGGGAGGGGAAGAAUGGCUGCAUUCAUCCUGAAUGUUUUAUAUAGCUGUUUGAGAAGCCAUGCACCCACAGACACUAGUGUACAGCACUUCUGUUUUAGUUUACAAUACGAUUCUAGUUUACAGUGAGUAGAGAGCUGUAUUAAAGGAAAGUAAAUGAGUA